CAAGAAUGGAUUACCUACCAUCUUAACAUGGCUCACUCAUCCAAAGGAUUGACAUCCAUUCUUUCUUGUCAUUAUUUAUUUUCUCCACUUUUUUUUGCUUUAGUGUUUUUUCUCCUAAUCCUUUGCAUGUGAUAUACUGAUAUUCCCACUUUGUUUGUUAAUACGCUAACUAUUUGAAACUAGCAAUUAUGAUGCUACUAACAUUUAGUUACUACUCAUCUCGUAUAUAUAUUUACACUAAAUAUUUGUUUGCGAGCGUGUCUAUGCUUAACCACCAGAGGCAGAAAGGUAUAAAUGAAAUAAUUUUCUGUGUUAUUUGUUUGUACUUCCAUCUUUCUGAUGAAGCAUGCAUCUCGGCUCGUUUUAUCAAAAGUUUCAACGACCCAAAUUUGGUAUAGCCCAAGCAUGACCAGUGACAACCCGAGUUACCUUCUACUGCUUUUAGUUGUUAUAAGUCUUAUUACGGAAAAACUGAAGAUCAUAAACAAGUUAAAAUAUGUAAUGUAUACAGAAUGAAAUUGAAUCAACUAUUACAGGCUCCGUAACAUAUAUCCUCAAAAGCUAAUAUCUGAAUGCACGCACAUCUCUCUAUCUAAAACUACUGUGGAGACUGAAAAACCUUGUGUAUGACACCUUUUAUGGUAUAAUCAAAGUUGAUGUUGAGCAAAAAAAAAAAAAAAACUACUUCUGUGAACUCUCUGGUCCUUAAAUUCAUAGCCAUUUAAAUCUUUCAAUUCAAUUUCAAUAGAAAGCAAUCUAAAUUUUUCUAUCAAAAAGGCUUUUCCCAACCCAACCCAACCCAACCCAACCCAACCCAAAUUUUAUACAUCCUCUCAAGAGAUGGGAAACGGCGUCGUAUCAAUCAAGAAGCUUCCGUCUUCUUCACAGAGUUUUUUUUUCUUUUUUUGUUCAGCACAAGUCGGAUUGCUUCGUCCAGUCAAUUUCUCUGCUAGAUUCCUAUUUGCACGCAAUCAUCCAAAUUCGAGAUUACCUCCAAACAAUCCAUCUCAUCUCUCUCUCUCUCUCUCUCUCUUGCAACUCCACCGAUCACAUCCCUCGGCUCAAUCAAAGCUUACACUUGAAAAAUUUAGGUUAUCGGAGCUUGAAUCCCGUAACUGUUAGUUAAUCCUAGGGUUUAGCUCCAAACCAUACCAUGUUCUUCUCCGGCGAUCAUUCGACUCGAAAGCGAGUCGAUUUAGGUGGCCGUAGCACCAAGGAGGGAGAUGCUCGCAAGGUUCUUGAGCAGACCAAGGUUGAGCGCAGCCGUCGUCUCCUACAGAAGCAGCACAACUCCGCCUCCCUCAAAAUUCAGAAGUUCUUUAGAGGUAGAAGAUCAAUGGCCAUUGAGCGCUCCAAGGUGAGACGUGACUUCUGUGAGACCUAUGGGGAUAUUUGCCAGAAUGUUGUUGAUAGGCAUUGCUUUGAGCCGGGUUCAAGUUUCCUCCGUCAGUUUCUGUUUUUCUUCAAGGCACAGAACUCGGGGGAUUUUGUGAUGCUUGCGGAGACGUGUCGUUUACUGCGGAAUUUUGCACACAGCACUGGUGACAUUCUAAGCCUUUUCUCUGGCUUGGACUACUCUAGUGAGCAUAAUAUGGUGGAUUUUAGAGUAAAGAAACUUGCAUUUACCUGCAUCGAGGCUAUACAUCAGAAUAGGGAGCGUUUAAGGGAUCAGCUCUUAGUUACUCCCGAAGAAGCUAACAUUUCAACAGCUAUCUUGAUGGAUGCAAUGUCGUUGUUGCUAGAUCCUAAGCAGCCUUGGGUCUGCAAAAUAGUUAGUCAUCUACAGAAAAGAAACAUAUUCGAACUGGUCCGAGAAAUUGUGACUACGGCUAAGGAAGACCGAAGAGGUCCGACUAUUAACGGCAGCAUCCUUUCACUAGAAAGAGUAUUGGUCCUAGUAGUACCACAUGUUGGCCGUGAGCCAUGUUGCUGCUCUGAUGAUCCACGUUGGAGUUUUUCAUCUAUGAUCCUUACCGUACCCUUUAUAUGGCAGCUCUUCCCAAACUUGAAAGUGGUCUUUGCCAACCCAAGUCUAAGUCAACACUACAUUCACCAAAUGGCUUUCUGUAUCCAAAAGGAUACCCAUGUUCUCCCAAUAGAUACAAACACAGAAUUCCCUGGUUAUGCUUGUCUUCUUGGUAAUACAAUGGAAAUUGCAAACGUGGUCUUGUCAAAGCCUGAAUGUUCAUUGGACAUGGCAAUUGACAUUGCAUCAGUUGCAACUUUCUUAUUGGAGACACUUCCUGCUGUUAAGUCAUCAGAAAGAGAAAGCAGACAGAGCUCUUGUGAAGAAGAUGAUAUGUUGAUUGACGAUGUACAAGAAUUAGUCUUGAAUAGGACUCUGGAGCAGCAGAUAACCACCAAUGCUCUAGACUCACGUUUUCUUCUUCAGUUAACAAAUGUUUUGUUCCAUCAGGGUUCGGUUGGUACGCAGUCAUAUGACGAAGAUAAAGAAGCACUAGCUAUUGGCACAGGCAGUUCUUUUCUGUAUGCAGCAUUCAACACUCUCCCUCUUGAGCGAAUAAUGACAGUUUUGGCUUAUAGAACCGAGCUUGUAGCUGUGUUAUGGAAUUAUAUGAAGCGAUGCCAUGAGAACCAGAAGUGGUCAUCCAUGCCUAGUGUCCUAGAUUAUCUUCCAACGGAUUCCCCGGGUUGGCUAUUACCUCUGGUCGUCUUUUGUCCUGUUUAUAAGCAUAUGCUUACGAUAGUCGACAAUGAGGAGUUUUACGAACGAGGAAAGCCACUAUCGCUACAAGAUAUCAGGUUACUCAUCAUCAUUCUCAAGCAAGCUUUAUGGCAGUUACUAUGGGUGAAUCCACUUACGCAACAUAAUUCUGGGAAAUCUGUCUCCAACGACCUCUCAAAGAAGAACUCUGUGGGAUUGAUUCAGAACAGGGUUGGGGUUGUAGUCGCUGAGUUACUUUCACAGUUUCAAGAUUGGAACAACCGGCAACAAUUCACUUCCUCGAGCGACUUUCAAGCUGAUACUGUGAAUGAAUAUUUUAUCACUCAGGCCAUAACGGAAGGUUCAAGAGCCAACUACAUACUGAUGCAAGCUCCUUUCCUGAUUCCGUUUACAAGCAGAGUCAAAAUAUUCACAACACAAUUAGCAACGGCGAGGCAGACUCAUGGACCUGAAGAAAUUUUUACUCGAAAUCGGUUCAGAAUACGAAGAGAUCACAUCUUGGAUGAUGCUUACAAUCAAAUGAGUGCAUUGUCAGAGGAUGAGCUCCGAGGACCAAUUCGUGUGACAUUUGUCAAUGAACUCGGAGUUGAGGAAGCCGGUAUUGAUGGUGGUGGCAUUUUCAAAGACUUUAUGGAGAAAAUUACCCGAGCAGCCUUUGAUGUGCAAUAUGGGUUGUUUAAGGAAACCGCUGAUCACAUGCUUUAUCCUAAUCCUGGAUCAGGAAUGAUACAUAAGCAGCAUCUCCAGUUCUUUCAUUUUCUCGGCAGUCUUCUCGCAAAAGCUAUGUUUGAAGGGAUUCUAGUUGAUAUACCAUUUGCAACGUUUUUCCUCAGUAAAUUGAAGCAAAAGUACAACUAUUUGAACGAUUUGCCCUCUCUGGAUCCUGAGUUGUAUAGGCAUCUUAUAUUUCUGAAGCGUUAUAAGGGUGACAUAUCAGACUUGGAGCUUUACUUUGUUAUUCUGAACAAUGAAUAUGGAGAGAGAACAGAGGAAGAGCUACUUCCAGGAGGAAAAGACAUGCGAGUCAUAAAUAAAAAUGUUAUAACUUUCAUUCAUCUGGUUUCCAAUCAUAGGUUAAACUUUCAGAUACGCCAGCAGAGUUCUCAUUUCUUGAGGGGGUUUCAGCGACUCAUUCCGAGAGAAUGGAUAGACAUGUUCAAUGAACAUGAGCUCCAGGUUCUCAUAUCUGGUUCAGCUGAUAGUUUGGAUAUUGACGACUUGCGAGAGAACGCCAAUUAUUCUGGAGGGUACAACGCUGGACAUUAUGUGAUUGAUAUGUUCUGGGAAGUAAUGAAAAGCUUCUCAACCGAAAACCAGAAGAAAUUCUUGAAAUUUGUGACGGGCUGUUCAAGAGGACCACUGCUAGGUUUCAAGUACUUGGAACCUGCAUUCUGUAUACAGAGGGCUGGUGGUAGCGUGAGUAAUGAAGCAGUUGAUAGACUACCGACAUCAGCCACUUGUAUGAACCUUCUUAAGCUUCCACCCUAUCAAAGCAAAGAGCAACUGGAGACCAAAUUGAUGUACGCCAUAAGCGCAGAAGCAGGCUUUGAUCUGAGCUGAAUAGCUUUUGUGAGUUUUAUCACUCGGAGAAAAAGAUUGAAGACAACUAGAAGAGAAGAAUCGAAACCGUGUUUGUCUUCUUUCUUUUUUGUAAUAUGGUAGGGAUGUUUGGUAAAUAUAUCUCGACUGCAUAAUAAUACAAAAAAAGUUAACA